AUGAGAGACCCACCCAGCAUAAUCGAUGACAGCCAUGUUAUUCUGCCGUCGGAAGCUGCAGCUGCGGGGUCGUCCACCGAGAGCGCUGAGCUUCCUGCAGGUGAUGUUGAACCUGCGUCAAGCUUGGCCACCGGGCUUAGCGCUAGCGCUACGAGUGCAUCUUCUGCUGUUCCUGAGAACGACAAAGCCCCUCUAGAAGCCCGAAUUGACCAGCCAACAUCUGAAGCGAACGUUCAAUCCGAAAUCGCGCUUACUGCUGCCCCAGAAGAGCCAGAUGGGCCCACCAAUCUGAAUGAAAGGGGUGACAGACCUGCCCGAGCAGCUGCGCACGCCGAUGCAGUCCCAAGCUUCGAGUCUCCCGACGUGAGCGCUCUCUUCGAAACGGCGAACGCAGAGGGUGGUGCUAUCCAGGAGCAGCUACCCCCUCUCGAGGGUCUACCUCUCCCCGUUAUCGGCUCCCCUUACCUUCCUACUCCGCCUCUGUCUGCGUAUGUGGACAGACCCGAUCCACUUUCUAUGCUAGCAUCCGGGCGUCCGCCAUCCACGAAAGGCUCCGAUAAUGACUCUGCUGCAGCGGGCGGACUUCCAGAAAAUCGCGCCGUAACACCGUUCGUGUCCGAGCCACCCCCAGGAGACAGCAGCGCUGGUGAGCCCUUCCAGGAGUCCCCAUGCUGA